UGUGGACGAGCAUAGUCUGCGACAGCACCGGGGGCGGCUGCUGCAGCUGGCCGAGAGUGCCGGCAGCCUGGGUAGCAAGCGGCGCUCCUACAGUAGCCAGCACACACUGUUCAAGUCGCUGCAGCAGAUGUCGCCCUCGCCGCGGAUUGCUACCAAGUUGCUGUCGCUGGAGGAAGUGGUCAGGAAGGAUCCUGGGUACACGCCCAACAUCGAACAUCUGGUGUUUCCCUCGCGGAAAAACUCUAUGCCCAGUAACAUCCCCGUGCUUGCCGGCAAGUCGGGGAAGACGAGCGCGCGCGCCAAGCUGGCCGAGGUGUUCGCGCUCAGUCGCCAUCAAAGUGCGCGCGGGAAACACUCUUCCUCCUCCCAGCAGAGCACGGAUAAGAGUACGACACUCGGUUCCAGGGGAAGCCAAAGGAAAAGUAAUAAGGGAGCGGAACCGGUCGCGGAGGCGGCGCCUCCUGUACCCGACCACCAGCAGCCCGUCAGUCAGUGCCCGGCCGCGCUCGCGCACGAGUCCAAACCGGAUCACGACGCCAUGACGUCAUACAGAGGGCCGAAUGUCUCCAUCCUGCACCUGAGAAGCACGUCGGAGCCGUGGGAGACCAGCGCGUCCAUCGGGUACUCAGCGACCACUAGCAGAACGACCACGAGGAGUUCCGUGAUGGUCGGGACGACCAGUAACCGCUUCCCCAGCAAGACCAGCAGCCUGAGGCGAGAGCCAGUGCAGAGUCAAGGGUCGCUGUCAGUCUCGGGGUCAGGGUCGGGCAACUGUAGCCGUGAGCUGUCGCCCGUGCGGUGGUGCGACCGUGAGGUAGACGGCGUGUACCUGGGCAGGUCGGGGUGGGUGCAGGUGCAGCAGCGGUCGCUGGACGACAACCGCAGAGUCGCCUACACACCGCCCAAACCACCAGUCGCGGUCAACACCUCCCACAACAUCCCGCCCAGACUGAAGAUGUCCGACUUCCACAGCAGAAGUGAGCCGGGAAAGUUUCCUCAAGUAGAUGAUGUUCCUCAACAGCGGCCUGGUUUUUUGCCUUUACCAAACGAACCAAAACGCACAAGAGAAAAACCUUCGCCUUCAUCCCUAGAUCUUCACCACGAGGAGCCUAUAACGCCUCCACCCGUCACUCCGAUCAUAUCUCCCCCGCCCGCCUUCCAAGACUCCAACAAACGUUUUCUGACCACGACUACAUCCAACAGAGCUCGUACAGUUUCCAGCAAACCACCAGUGCUUACGAGGGCUAAUGCCGUAGAAUCUAGCCCUCCACCUUCACCUCCAGCUACAUUGAACUGGUCAUCAACUCUAUCCGCUCAGAAAAUAUCGCCGAUCUCUUCAGUGCCUCUGAGACCGAAGCGGUUAACGCCUUCACCAGUCAGUACACCUCAGCAACACGGGAUUCCCCAGACUAAAUCUUUAGAAGACGCGUCCGGGAUUCGAAGAACCGUGUUUCAAAAAUAUGACUCGUCUUCUUCCUCUUCAUCAUCAUUUGGCUUCAGAAGUUUGGACAGCAACAUCGGCGUGAGGAUCGGAAUGCCUCGAUUGAAUGAAACGGAUUCUUCCUUGGGAGGAUACGAAGAUGGCGACGAAGAAGAUAAUCUUAGCUCUUCCUUAAAUUUAAGCGGAUAUUCUUCUGUUACAAUGGUGAACUCUUCGCCAGACGCUAUGGGAUUUCAUUCUAUAAUCCCAACAGUAGAGAGAGUCUCACCUUCCUCACUGAGGGGAAGACAACACCACCGUCAGAUGAGGAGGUCUCCAGGAUCUGAUGGUAGCAACAAAAAACUCGGAAGUAACCAGGUGUCUCCAACAUCCUCCUCGUCAUCUUCCAGCAGCAGAUCGCCUUCUGCGGGUCCCUUCCGGAGGUCCGGAAGUCAUAAUAAGCCAACACAGCAUCAUCGGGAUCACGUGACAGCCACUUGGGACGGUCGCGGCAGCAGAGUUCGUCGUUCUAGAAGCCUCCAACUGCCCGAGCGCAAAUCUCCCGCUUCUUCUGGAGGCGCUUCUCCUGCUGGACGACCCGAGCUAGAGCCAAUACACCGGGAAUAUUACCAUGGCAAGCAAGACCCUCCAAGAGUCGUAGUCAAGAUCAAUGGCGAGCAACCGCUACGGACCAAAAGACACGGUCUGCAGAGAACUGCUCAAUCCGAGGAAUUACAGAGGGAAAGAGAGAGAGAGCGAGAACGGGAGGCUGAGGAAGAGGCACGGGUGGUGACGGAGUUCCUGUACGGAGCCAGGAGCAGGGAGGCGGCGAGGGCACUGAUCAUGCAGCGGUGUCUGGAGCAGAGAUCACCGGAGCCAGCCAGUGUCCCUGGUGUUUUCAGUAACCGCGGUAGAAUCCCCAGCAGCGUGGCUCAGCGACCCAAGGUGCUGCAGAGGGGGGUGACCACUCCCAGUCUCGGCAGCAAAUCAUCGUCUCCGGUGGGCAACAACCAGUUUUGCACCAACCCUUGCAACCCUUCCACCUGCGACUUCUGGCCGCACUGCGCCCACCGUGACGGCAUCCAUACGACAACCACCACCAAAUCGUUCACCCCUCUCGCCAACACACCCGUACCGCCCGCCACGCUCAGGCUGUCUCAGAGCUACCCCAACACUGUAAACCACACGGGCUACAAGGACCGUCGAGGGAGGGACAGAGGAAGGAUCGAAGGAGUACGCAACGGAUAUCAGUCGACCAGAUCGUCACCAGCGUCUUUGGAGAGAAUGAAUGAACACGAAGUUUCCCCCACCAAGCACUACCCCAAGAGAGGAAACAGUCUAAAUGUUCCUACGCCAACUAUCGACGUAGACUGGCGUAAUGUAGGGCCACAAUGUCGCCAACACUCCCACAUGCCUAUGCGUGGCAACGUGCAGAACUCCCCACAAGCCCCCGGACUCAAGGUGGGUCUCAGCGACACUUCUUCCUCCGCAGGUUCAUCCAUGGACGCCGUCGAGCCGGGAGUGUAUCGGGCCGGCAUGAUCGUCACCAGUGCGGUUUCCCCAGAUCCUGUCAAAGUGUCCCCUAUCGAAGUGAACAGUGUGAUAGUGAACACAGGCGAGUCUUCAGCAUCUUCAUCGUCUAGCGACAUCUGGGUGACUACCUCCGACCGCACCAUGACCAAGUCUCCCCGCAAUGCCAAGAGCUCCGGGGCGUCCACACCUCUAGAGGAGGGUCGCACCAGCAAGUCUCCUGUGAGGAUGAGUGAUGAAGAUCAUUCCAGACCUGGAAGUGCUCCUGCUCACCAAGAUCGCAUGGUGGUCGACACACAGCAGCGGUCUCUCUCGCUACCCAAGUCUUUCCAGUCCGCCGCCACUCACGUCCGCCACAGUGGGCUGUUUCCGAGUGGUCGGAGAAUAGAGGCGCCUCGGUCCACGAUGCACAGUCCCGCCCCCACACUGCGGCCCCCCACCCCCGAGACGGCCCGCACUGCCCCCGCCACGCCUGUGAGGGAGAUCAGCCAACAGGAGGACCAGCACCGAGGCCCAACUGUCGGUCUGACCAAGACUUCUCGGUUCUCCAGCACGCCUCUGUUGGACCCCUCUGAUACACACUGGGACAGAGCCUGGCCUCAAGAUAAGAGGAGUACAGCCAGUGACAUCAACCACCAUCAGAAGGAUAUCUCACAGUCACAGAAAAAUAUUUCAGGACAUUCAACAGAAAGUGUUCUGCAGAAGUUUAGGAAGAGUUUCUCGCUGAGGUUCUACAAGAAGGGAGGAGGAGGUAACAGUAAGGAAGACGAUGAGGAUGACAAGGAUGUGCCACCCCCACCAGAGUCUCCCCCACCUGAUACUCGUCUUACCCCACCGCUUACCAAGGAUGACUCUUCAGAAAAAUUCAGAUUUGGACCUUUGGUAUGGAGAUCGAGUAAAGAAAGGAAGAAAACAAAGAAAUCAAGAAAUGCCAAGUGCAACAGUGGUGACAGUGGCAUUCAAAUUGAGAUGGUUGGUCGGGCAGGAGGUGACAGCUCAGAAUCCCAUGAUACAGAUCACUUGGCAGAUGAAGAACCUCUUGAUGAAAUGGAUAAUUCCCCUGUGGUAAGGCGGAGAGGAACGGCAUCCAGCUCUGAAGGAAAACCGUCUCGCCCUACAUCUGAUGUUAUUAACCAGAUAUUAAUAGACAAAUUAAAAGCGGACCUGCAGGCAAGAGCUGUACCAAGGCGGGGCGCCCACAACAAUGUGCGGCGGACUCACUCAGACUUGGGUGGCCAGAGGCUGUUCAACUGGGAUGUGAGGAGCAGCUACAGACGAAUGUUCUCCAGCCCUUCGCCCAUGAAAGGCAAACCCGCCAUCAGCCCGAGAAGGGGCUUAUUGGAAACACCCCAUAAAAGUUACAAGAGGUACUGUGGGAGACCACACCAACUGCGACGCUCUGUCAGUCAGCCAAUAGGUAUUAAUGAGCUUUCACCGUUGAUGAGGAGAAAACCUUCAGGUAGUGGACGCAGCAAUAUAUUGAGUGAGGAUGAACGGGGUGUGACAUCAGAUGAUGAUGAAUUGCUGUCUGAUUCUGAAUCAUCCAUCGCUUCCCUCACUGAUAGGAAGAAAUCUUUUGAGCAGGCAAUGGAUGAGGAGGUGGUGAUCCUGGCGGAAGCCGUAUGGGAUCAUGUGGCCAUGGAACCAGAGGAACUGGCAUUCCGGGCUGGAGAAGUGAUAGAAGUGCUGGACACCCUGGACAGAGACUGGUGGUGGGGAGCUCGUGGUGACCAGGCGGGUUGGUUCCCUUCGGCCUUUGUCCGAUUACGGGUGAGCCAGGAGGAUACUGUGGAAGACUGCCUGGCAGCGAUAGCGUCAGGUGGUAGUAAACAGCUGAGGAGGAGGACCAGCAUCUCUCUCCUUUCCAACGAUCAGGUCCGCUCCAGAGUUGUGCGAGAGCUGGUCAACACUGAGCGUGAUUUUGUCAAGGUGCUUCGGGACGUUAAAGAGGGGUACCUGACUGAGUGUAGAAAGAGGUCAGACAUGUUCAGUGAUGACCAGAUAGGAUCGAUUUUCGGGAACCUGGAACAGCUGUUGUUGUUCCAAGAAGAAUUCCUGGAAGAUCUGGAGAGGCACGUAGACUCUGAAGCACCUCAUAGGAGUUGUCUUGGAGAUACGUUUUUAAGACAUCAAGCUGGGUUUCGCAUGUACUCAGAAUAUUGCAACAGCCAUCCGAUGGCAAUAGCCACUCUGCAGGAACUGUACCAGCACAACAGUUACAGCAAGUUCUUUGAGGCCUGUCGUCUGAUGAGGGGGCUGAUAGAAAUCCCACUGGAUGGUUACCUGCUCACCCCUGUCCAGAGGAUAUGCAAGUAUCCCCUUCAGUUGGCAGAACUGUUGAAGUACACAAAGACUGACCACCCCGACCAUGCUAAGAUCACGGAGGCACUGGAUGCCAUGCGGGCUGUGGCUGUGCUCAUCAACGAGAGGAAGCGGAGAAUGGAAAGUCUUGAAAAACUAGCCACUUGGCAGCAGAGAGUCGAUGGUUGGGAGGGAGAGGACUUAAUUGAAACCAGUUCCCAGCUCAUCCACCAAGGUGAAGCAAUACGGGUGACCUCGGGCAUGUGGACCAACAAUAUUGUACUGUUCUUGUUUGAUCACCAGUUGGUUUACUGUAAAAAGGACAUACUGAAAAGGAACACAUUUGUGUACAAAGGAAGAAUACACCUGGACAAGAGCGAGGUGAUCAAUCUUCCAGAUGGAAAAGAACCAGCGCUCGGCGUAACAGUGCGACACGGUAUCAAGGUUUACAGCUGUGUACGUGACAAAUGGCUGUUGUUCUGCUGUCGGAGUGCACAGGACAAAACGCGCUGGCUGGAAGGGUUUGCUGAGGAGCGACGGCUGGUAGCACAGGACCUCAGAGACGGGCUGGAGUUCGCUCCUGCAGCACGUCAUCUAGCUCGGAUGGCUGCGGCACGUUGUUAUCGCAGGCCACCCAGCAAACCGAGAAACAAAACUUACAAAAGAGGCAACAGUGAUGUAACAACAGAUGCGUCCCGAGCACCUCCUACCUCUAGAACUAAUGGGAUGAGCAGCACGUCUGUUCACGGCUCGACUCACUCGCUAGGUCGCCGAGUCGGGACUUGGUUCACAUUUGGUGGCAAUAAGAAAAGCCGUAACCUCGGCAGGGCAGCCACCCUCCAGACCGUGGUACACCCUUCAUGAGAAGAGUUGACUGUCACUGUCAAGGGAUGGGUGUGACCCCAGGCAGUGAGCUUUAUACAUAUCGCUUCAACUUUUCUACUCACCGAUGCUUACUACAAUAGACAAUUUGCUUUAAUUUAGUUACUCUAGUUUUAUUGCAAGUGACUGCCAAAUCAUUGUUAUUUUCCAUGUAAAUUUCUAUGUGAAAAACUAAUGAAAGUGAUUUUAAUAAUUAAAUUAGAAUGUUGCAACUCAUCGGCUUUAUGUUCAGAAUAUUUAUAAUUCUGUUUUUUUUUUUUAUAAAGUUCCCUCAGUGAGUACGUAUUUGACACAUGUAUGUGUUGAUUCCUCGUUUUAUAAGGAAUAUUCAAUUUAUGCGCUUUUUCUUACUCAUAUACAUUUUACUGAAGUCCAGUAAUUUGCUAAAGACAAUAGAAUAAUGUUAAAGUAAUUAUUUUAACCAAAAUCAAAUUUCUGAUGACCAUAAAAAUUUAUCAUUCAUUCCCACUUACUUAAAUCACUUAUACUAAUCAGUGAUUUAACCUUAAGCCAUGUAUUGGCUUUGUUGGGUGCUUGAAACAAAACAUUGAAUUUCUUUUGUAUUUUAACUCCAUAUUUCACUCUGUUUUUUAAUCCAUUAAUUUUUAAAUUAAUCACUUACAAUAAAUUUAAAUAUAUUUUUAAAAGGCAAUUUUUUUCAAAAAAAUUAUUGAUUGUACAAAUGAUACUUUUUAAAGGAAUAAAGAAACAAACUACUAAAGUAAAAAUAUUAUAUAAUUUUCUUUUGAUUUUUUUCUGAUAAAGGAGAUGCUUAUCUCCUUUACAUAAAUAAAAUCAAAAUGAAAAACUAAAAAAAUAAAUCUUAAAAUUUGUUAGGAAAGAUUCAAAUACAUUUUAGUUUUAAAUCUUAAAUACUUUUUCAUUAGCAAAAUAGAAACACAUAUUUUAUUUUAUUUCCAAUUAAUUGUGUAAGAAAGAGGUCAUAUAUUGCUGUUCAAAAUAUUAGUAAAUUUCAACUAUUUAGUUUUAAUUUAUUGAUAAAUUAGGUAUUUUGUUAAAUGUGGGUUUAUACAAUUAUUUUUAUUAGUCUUUAGGAAAAUACUUUCAGCUCCUACUUCACUUUAUGUAUAGCUUUACAUUUUACAAAGAAUUAUAUGUAUCUAAUACUCAGGCAUUAGAAGUAUAAUAGUAUACAUUAUUGUUCUUUUAGUGUUGACAAUAGGUUUUUUACUAUCAGAUUAGAGUACCCAUUGAAAAUAAAUAUGAUAAUUCUGUUUGUUCCUUUUUUCAUUUCUGUUUUUAACUUGUUUGUUAUCAAUACUGUAUUCCCUUAGUAUUUAAUGUUGAGUAUUUAUAUAUUUUAUUUUAAAGUAUUGUGUCUAAAAUAUAUUUAAAUAAAGUUUUAAAAUACAAAA